GUCUCUGUAGGAAAGUUCGCCUGUAAACAACUCGUCUUCCACCGCAAACAAACAAAACACGAGCAUGUCGUCUUCCCCGUGAAGAAGAAGGGACUAUGCCGGGACGACGGAUACAAAGCGCCCUUCUCCAAAUAUUCCGGAUUUGUGGUGGAUUUUGAGUCUCGUGCGGGAUAGAGAGAGAGAGAGAGAGAGAAAGAGAGAGAGAGAAGCUUCCGCGGAGGGAUUUACAAAGAGCACGGAGAUGAGAAACGUGAUCCUGAUGGCGCUUCUGCUGGCUCACCUGCCGACGGAGCUGCUGUCCAUCCAGGUGAUUGUUCCAGAGACGGAGAGGAGCACCACUCUGUUUGCCAAUGUGAUCCUUCGCUGUGACUACUCCACUUCAGCAAACCCUCAGGAUGUGCUGGUCACCUGGAGGUUCAAGUCCUUCUGCAAAGACCCGGUGCUGGAGUACUACUCCACAAGCUAUCAGGCUUCUCUGCAGCUGGGUCAGGACCCCUCCAACGACUGCCCCGACCGCCAGCGAACAAUCCGCACUGUGAUCCAGAAGAGGGGCAUUAAUGAGCCCAUCCUGGGGAUAGAAUACAGUAUACGCAAAAUUACCAUUCAAAACAAGGCCGACCUGGUCAUCAACGAGGUGAUGUGGUGGGAUAACGGCGUUUACUUCUGCGCCAUCGACGCCGCCGGCGACACGUCGGGCGACUCUGAUGUCGAAGUCAAACUUAUCGUGUACCACUGGCUGACCGUCCUGUUGAUCAUCAUCGGUGCUCUGCUGCUCAUCAUGCUCCUCUGCAUCUGUUGCUGCCAGUGCUGCCCGCAGAAGUGCUGCUGCUACGUCCGCUGCCCGUGUUGCCCGCAGACAUGCUGCUGCCCGGAGAAAGCUGUGAUGCAGCACAGGAUGAUACGGGAGGCUCAGAAGGCCAUGACUCCUUGGAUGAACGGUCAACCCAUUUACGCUCCCAUCAGCUCCAACGCCUCCUCCCAGGGCGUUCCCAUACUGUACUCAGGCUCGUACUCGGACUACCCCACCAAACAAAACUUUGCUAUGGCUCCCAUCCAGCAUUCACCCAUGGCCCUGCAGCAUCAGCAUCAGCAUCCGCAUCAUUAUCCGCAUCAGCAACCGCACCCGCAUCAGCAACCGCAUCAGCAUCAGCAACCGCAUCAGCAUCAGCAUCAGCAUCAGCAACCGCAUCAGCAUCAGCAUCAGCAUCAGCCUCCUCCUCCACGCCAUGUGAACGGCAGUGUGAAUGGCAGCAGUCAUGGCACUGAUCAGGUGUUGGACUUCCUGGAAAACCAGGUGAGGGGGCUGGAUGUGGGACCCCCUCAAAUGGUCCCCCGCGCUCACCAGAAUAUGCUCCCAUUACAGCCUCAGCUGGCUCCUCAAGCAGUUCCCUACACACCAGGGCCCCCGAGUAUGUUGUCAGCCCUGGAUGAGAUGGGGGUGAGAGGGGUAGAAAGAAGGGUGAUCACCCUGCCUCCGAUAAUCCAGCGUGUACCCAGCUUUUCCUCACGCAGGGGGCCCGGUGGUGGAGCCGGAGCCAGAGGUGCUCCCAGAAUAUCCAGCCAGUCCAGUGGGAGUACAAACCCCCCCGGAGGAGGUGUCCUCCGGGACGGUCGCGGCUAUCGCGACGUCUCUCCUCCCAGACGAGGGAUCCUGCGCGAUUACAGCGAUGACUCUGAAUGGGAGAACCGGCGAGCCGUAGCGCCGCACAGGAGUUCGAGGAACAAGAGUGGAGGUUCGGCCGGGAGGAGAGGAGGCGGAUCCAGACCACGGACUCGUAGUCGCGACGACCUGAUGGAGGAGCAACGCGGCAGAGCAGCUCGGAGGGAAAAGAGCUAUUCGCCUCCUCAGCGUCGCAAAGGAUCCUCCUGGAGCUCAGAUGAGGAGGACAGCGGCGGACGGAAAGGAGGUCGAGGGAAGGAUUGGCCAGAGAAGCCGCCCAGCUACUUCUCCAUUGAGAACCAGCCUGGACGUGGUAAUGGUCAGAGGAACUACAACCACCUUUCUGAUAGAAGUUCCCGUAGCAGCACCAGCGUCGUCAUCUGAAGCAUUUCUAUCUAGCAUUAUUUUAAUUUUUUUUACUUGUUCCUGAAUGUUUCCAGAACGGUGAAAAUGAAGACGGACAGGAGGUAUUUUCAUCUGUUCAAUCAAAUGUAGUAAAGAGUCUUGAAAAUGUACUGCAUGGAUUUACUUUUACUCUUAAUGCACUGAAUGUAAGUGCAACGAAAACUAUAGUUUAUGCAUGAAGAAAAGCUGUUUAGUUGAGCCUUUAAGUUGCAGAUGUUGUGAAGGCCAUGUGUGAUUAUUGUUUUAGCUGCUUUAAAUGGUGUAAUCUGUGUCUGGUCGUCAUGGUGAUGGAUAAAAGUUUUUGUGUUUUUUAAGUGAAUAUUCAACAGCAGAAUAUUGGAUACUGUGAUAUCUUGUAGGUUAUUUAGGUUCAUCAUUGUGAACAGAUAUAGUGUGUAUUGUUUUUUUUAUAUUUUAUAAUUUUUGCAUAAUUUCUUGUCUUAUUUAAAAUGUUUUUUUUUUACCUUUCACCCACAAAUACAUUAUUAGACAGCAAUAAAAAGUGUGUUUAAUGAAGAUGGAUAGAGUGGGUCGACUUACUGAACUCAUUGAAUGAUCAACACCAACGUAUAAUUGUAAUUUUCAUUAAUGUAUGUUUUAAAUUAAUCUUUUUACAUAC